AUGAGUAUUGUUAGUUCACGUGAAAUUUAUUCUCAGCAAAAAGCAGACACAUUGGCAAAUGACCUAGAUACGAUUGCAGAAGAGAACAUCGAUAAUUGUUUGCAUGAUAAAGAAUCUGAGAUAUCUAGAACACCGAUUAUAACAAAUAAACACACCAGAAAAUCUACAUCUAAAGAUAUGUAUUCCACCAUAAACAAAAAAGAAUUGACUACUAAUACUCCAAGCCAAGAUCCAUCAGCAUUUGAUUACGUUCCAAUGUCAGAUACUUAUAUUUUUUUGCAUUUAUAUCAUGAAAUCACUAGAGCUGAAUCCCGAAUGAAAAAACGAAGCCAGAAGUGA